CCUCAUCACUAGUCUUCCCGACUCUCAGCUGGAAACUAAUAUUCCUCAAAAUGAGCCACACCAAGAUGAGGCCUACGAAGGUGAUCAUUCAUCUCCCUCUCGCGUUCCAGUCAAUUUUUUGUGACCCAGUUGGUGUUAGCGAACUUCAACGCACAAUGGCAUCACGUUCCACACGUUCUCAAGUUAAUCAUCGGGAAAGCUCUCGUCGCGGAAGUUUACCCAAGCCUCUUAUGCCUGCCUCAGCAAAGGGCAUUGACACUCCAAGUUCAUCCUCUGUGACUUCAGCAUACGAUGGCGAUGCUUUCGAUUUUGAAGUCACGCUCAAAGACCUUGUCAGACGUCGUUGCGAAGAGUUCAUUAAGGGCCGCGAGCUUGGCGUUAUGUUCAAGGAUCUCCGUGUCGUCGGUGUCAGUGCACGUGCCUCUUUACAGCCUACCAUCGGUUCUAUGCUUAAUCCUGCUGCCACCUUGAGGAACAUUUCGGCGAUGCGCAACCCGCCUGUCAGGGAUAUUUUCUCAGGAUUCGAGGGUAUCGUUACGCCUAGUGAAAUGCUCCGUUAUAGCUCUCGGACGACCUGGCUCCGGUUGCAGCACGUUCCUAUUGCAAACCAGUGUGGGGAAUACCAUGCUGUACAAAGCGAAGUAUGCUAUGACUCCUUCACCCCCAAAGAUAUCGCAAGACAGCAUCGUGGAGAUGUGAUCUACUGUCCUGACGAUGAUGUCCACUUUCCGACCUUGACUGUAGGGCAAACCUUGUCUUUCGCCAUCAAAAUGCGUACUCCACAUGCUCGGUUCACAGACCAAACCCGUGAACAGUUUAAUCGUGAUGUAGUUGAUAUCCUCGUGCGCAUCUUCGGUCUUCGUCAUGCGCGAAACACUGUUGUCAGUGAUGCUGCUAUUCGUGGUGUUUCAGGAGGCAAAACGAAAGGUGUCUCGAUUGCAGAAGCCGCGACUGUCUUGCUGUGCCCUCGUUAG